AGCCGAAAACGAAGAAGCCCCAACCAUAACCUAUUCACCCAUAUUCCGCGUGACGUUGACGUUUAUCACACGCCCCGUCUACUUGAUCGUUGAGAUGGUGGUGGUGGUGUUCCAUGUGAACACACGAUUUUUUUUCUUCUUUUUAACAGCCCCCCGUGUCGAAGUACAUUCCGCGAUAAGCGGAACCAACCCUACGCGAAAACCUUGUUAGCGCCACCACCGUCCUUGUACUAUGGUCCGGUAUUGUCGCUGUAGUGGUGAUCCCACGGGAAUUAGCAGCAAAUCUUGAAUAACAUCGGGCUACACACGUGGAUGAUAUGGAAGGGGCUAGUCGGAGUGGGGCACACUGUAGGUUGUGAAUCGUUCGUCAGAUUUAUGUGCUCUCGAUUAAAGCAGCAUCAGACACGCGCAAUCUGAACGACCGAUAGUAAGAAAUUCGCUAAUUUGUAGCGGCACACUAUAGUGCGGUCCUUUUCGAUCGUGUGUGUGCUCAAGCUCUGGGGCACAUUAUUUACUACGCGCUUAAGUAAUCCAGUACGGUGGCAAACAGGGUGUGCUGGGUUGGGUUGGGUUGGGGACGGAAAUCGCGACAGUACGGAAAUGAUAUUCUUGGUUUAUUCGCAGCAUGUAUAUGUGUGUGUAGCAAACAAAAGCGAAAACGUAACUGCACACAGUCGAUAGAGGGAGAAAGGCCAGACAACAACAGCAACACAACGAUACAACUCCGUUUUCUUCGGCGCUUUGUUGCGGCACUAUCGAUGCUUUGUGUGUUUGGACACGUUUCGGAUUGUUAUUUUUAUCCAAACCACCAUCACCGCCCACCAACCAAACUUUCCCGUGGUUACUUACGGUCGGUGUGUCAUCAUGGGUCCAUCUUCCUGUGUUACGGCAGGUUGUUCUUUACACUGUAUCCGAGCCGUCUAUUAGUUUCUUUGCUGUUGGAUUGGUUCAAGAUUUUAUUCAAUUUGCUACUGAAGAAUAGAAUUGGCAAUGACGUUAUGCAUCGGUGUAACGUACUACUUCAGCAGGACUACAGCGUAAUCGAGAUCAGCAACACUACCGGUGAACUAUCCUCGCACUAUCCCAGCACGCUGCUGAUACCGGAGUACGAAUACAAGAACCUUUCAAGCAGCUCAGGCAACAAUACUCAGGCACCAGCCGGCGGUACCACCAAUGGUUUCGCCAGCAUUAACGAUUUUCUCACACGGUCGGGCCCAACCGGUCAGCAACAAGCGCCUCAACAGCCACCAACAACACCGUCCGCACCAAAUGCCGGUCCAGGACAGCAAACCAUAUAUGAAACGACGUACGAUGGUAAUAAGCUGCGCGAUCUUAUUAACAAAGCCCGAUUCGCCCGAUGCCGGGCAAGGUUUCCGCUGCCGGUCAUACUGUACAAGGGCAAGUACAUCUGCCGCUCGGCCACACUGUCCGGGGGGCCGGAGAUUUAUGGGCGGUCCGGAUUGGAUUACCUCUUCUAUAGCCUAGAUUCAACAGCUACCUCACCGACGCUAGAUGAGGAAGCGUACGAAGCGCGUGAAACUUCACUGCCGGAGGACACGUUCGAGGAACCGAUCACAAACAGCGACUGGCAGCUGUUCGAUCGUGUGCGCAGCCAGGACAUUAAGCUGCUCAAGACGCUAAACGUUGGCACGAUCGUGGACUUUAUGGUCGAAAAGAAGAAGGUAAAGUUCGGCAUGAACGUCACGUCCUCGGAGAAGGUCGACAAGGAAAAUAGGUACGCCGAGUUUAAAAUUAUCUCGCUACCGUACCCGGGUUGCGAAUUUUUCCGCGACUAUCGUGACAAUAAUUACUCCGGCGAAGGGCUCGUUUUCGACUGGUCGCAGGCACACGUCGAUGCCAACAUCGGUGUACCGGACGAUACGGUAACGGCACAGCUACAGAUCGACUGGGAAAACUAUAAAGAUUGGGAUCUGGUAAAGAUCACACAAAACUAUCUGAAGCUGUUGCUGCGCUAUCUGCAGGACAGCAGCUCGGGUUUGCUGAUACACUGCAUCAGCGGUUGGGAUCGAACACCACUGUUUGUGUCGCUGUUGCGUCUGUCACUGUGGGCCGACGGUGCCAUCCAUCAGUCGCUGAGUGCGGCACAGAUCCUUUACUUUACAAUCGCGUACGAUUGGUUGCUGUUUGGCCACAAUCUGCCCGAUCGUUUGAACAAAGGCGAGGUGAUAUUUUUCUUCUGCUUCUAUGCCUUAAAGUAUAUCGCCGAGGACGAGUAUAGCAUUUUGGGACAACGUUAUAAAAGUAAACACAGCAGCGGUAGUAGCAGUAUAGGAGUGAUACGGACGGAUAGCGAAUCCAUGCUGGACGGUAUACUGCUGGAUGGGGAAAGCAGAGGCUCGAGCGUUUCACUCAACUCCACGUGCAGUUGCUUGAGUGGCCGAAGCUCGUCCCAACACGACACUCAGACGUGCAUCAGUGUCGGUGCGAACGGUGCAGUAAAUACGCCCAGUAGUGGUGGAAUUAAUGUAACGAUCGGUGGUUCCAGCAUCCAUCAUCAUGCUACGAGCGGUAGCCGCCCGAUUGUCGGUGUUCACAACUCACAUGACGACAGCUUGAAUGCAAGCAAUGGAACUAGUCCCGUCUCAGUGCCGGUAGCGAGCAGAUUAAGACAGCGUCAGGAGUCUACGUCCUCUUUAUCGGUUGGUAGCUGGCAGAUGAUUUCUGGCACCGGUAGUCUUCGCAGUACCGAUUCGGCAACGGAACUACAUCAUGCUCCACCGCAACAUAACCAGCAUCAUCAUCAUCAUCAUCACCACCACCACCAACACAAUCAUAAUACUCACCAGCAGCAACAACACCAGCCACAGUUCCAUCAUGUAUAUAGUAAUCAUUACGGUAACAAUCAUGGAACAACGGCAGAUACAACCGCGACGACGCCUAAUGCUAAUCAGCAUCAUCAUCAUGGUGCGGGACAUGUGCCUCCUUGUACUGCUCCCCAUUUGCCGCAUAUGCAACAGUCGCAGGACUCUAGCUGCUGCACGAUUCUGGACGAUGAAUGUUUCAGCUCCUCAUACAGUCACGAUUUUUACGCCAUGCGUCGUGAACGAUUGAAUCAAGUGCGAACAUUAUUUUACAACUGUUACUAUUCGACGAUUGCAUUCAAAUUCAAAUCGGUACCGGAUUCGGCGCUUGGUAGUCUGUUAGGGAACUUUGCGGAAAAGGUAGGACUUGCCCACCGGACUUCAGUUUAGAGAGCGAAACAGAGGUUUCUAAUCCAGGGUUCAGCGGCACGUGUGUAUCAUUUUAUAACAUACCAGUGGCAGAUAGAACCCUCCCUCGUCAUCGUUAGCAUCAACACACUGCUGCAUUCGCGCUGCCUGCCCAACAAAUGCAUAUAGCCGUAUAGUAGCUAGGUUAGGACUGUGUGUAAGAAAACGAAGAAAGGCUGAGUGUCUUCCACACAUACACACUCUGUUGGAAUUGAUUUGUGUUUAAUUCACUUCUUUUUGUUAACCUUUUUCCGUUUAGAUUUUGUAUCGAUAAUAAUCUUCGUUAAGCAAAAGCGUGUGUAACUCAGGUGAAGUGUUUGCACCCUGUUUAAUCUACCAGCGGUGGGGAAAAGUUGUUGUUUUGUUCCAAUAAAGUGCAAAACUUAAACUGCAGAAA